UAGCCUUAAUCCUGAGUCCAUCUCUGGUGGGUUAAGUACUGUGCGGGAGUCCGAAGCUGAGCUUUGGAAGGCUAAAACUUUUAAUUACUUGCCUAAUCUGGAGACUGUUUAUUAGACUUUAUGUUGCCACUGCUUGAAUGCGUGUUUUUUUGCAGAGGGAGGUAAAUGUUGCUGUUCUUAAGCCACCAUACGAUUGAAUGCUUGUUUCAGUUCUUGGAUUGGGAAGCCAUGACUGUCGUGUUCCAGAGCUAUUAGUUCAGUGCAAGAUGGGUGGUUGUGUCUCUGUCCAAGUAUCAUGCGAUGAAUUUUUGAACCAUUUCGGUAGAUGCUUUUGCAGAAAACUUAGUUAUAUUCAUAAUCUCAAGGAGAAUCUCACGGUUCUGGAGGAAGCCAUGGAAGAUCUCAAGGCUGUACGAGCUGAUCUGCUAUGUAAGGUGCAGACAGCAGAAGAAGGAGGUCUACAAAGGCUUCAUCAAAUCAAGGUAUGGCUUAAGAGAGUCAAGACUAUCGAAUCCCAAUUCAAUGAACUAAAUAGUAGUAGAACUGUUGAACUUCAAAGGUUGUGUUUUUAUGGUGCUAGCUCGAAAAACUUAAAAUUGAGCUAUCACUACGGAAAAAAAGUCUUGUUCAUGUUGAAUAUAGUUGAAGACUUAAAAUCCAAAGGGUUUUUUGAAGAGGUGGCUCAUGCAGCUACAAGAGCUAUGGGGGAGGAAAGGCCUCUCCAACCGAUGAUUGUUGGUCAGGAAACAAUUUUAGAAAAGGCAUGGAACCACCUCAUGGAUGAUGGAACUAAGAUUAUGGGUCUCUAUGGCAUGGGUGGAGUAGGAAAAACAACUCUUCUCACUCGGAUCAACAAUAGGUUUUGUGACACCGAUGAUGGCGUUGAAAUUGUCAUUUGGGUUGUGGUGUCUGGUGAUCUACAAAUCCAAAAGAUACAAAAAGAGAUUGGCGAAAAAAUAGGAUUUAAAGGAGUUGAAUGGAACAAGAAAAGUGAAAACCAGAAGGCAGUCGACAUACUCAAUUUUCUAAGCAAGAAGAGAUUUGUGUUGCUUUUGGAUGACAUAUGGAAGAGAGUGGAACUAACCCAGAUUGGAAUCCCGAAUCCAACAAGUGAAAACGGAUGCAAAAUAGCAUUCACAACUCGCUGUCAAAGCGUAUGUGCGAGCAUGGGGGUUCAUGAUCCGAUGGAAGUCAGGUGUUUAGGUACAGAUGAUGCGUGGGAUUUGUUCAAGAAAAAAGUUGGAGAAUUCACAUUAAGAAGCCACCCUGAUAUUCCCGAAAUCGCAAGAAAAGUUGCUCGAGCAUGUCGUGGCUUGCCACUAGCGCUAAACGUCAUUGGAGAGACAAUGGCAUGCAAGAAGACAACUCAAGAAUGGGAUCAUGCAGUAGACGUUUUAACAACAUAUGCUGCAAAUUUUGGUGCUGUGAAGGAGAAGAUUCUUCCCAUUUUGAAGUACAGCUAUGAUAAUCUGGAAAGUGAGAGUAUUAAAACUUGUUUCCUAUAUUGCUCUCUGUUUCCUGAAGAUGAUUUAAUAGAAAAAGAGAGGCUGAUAGAUUAUUGGAUAUGCGAGGGAUUCAUUGAUGGAUAUGAAAGUAAAAAAGGAGCUGUGGACGAAGGCUAUGAGAUACUCGGUACUCUUGUUCGUGCCUCUUUGUUGGUGGAGGGAGGAAAGUUCAACAAUAAGUCAUAUGUGAAAAUGCAUGAUGUGGUUCGUGAGAUGGCCCUGUGGAUAGCAUCUGACCUCAAGAAGCAUAAAGAAAAUUGGAUUGUGCGAGCUGGUUUUGGGUUACACGAAAUACCAAAGGUCAAGGAUUUGAAAGUUGUGAGAAGGAUAUCAUUGGUGAAUAAUAGGUUUAAAGAGAUAAAUGGCAGUCCUCAGUGUCCCAAACUUACAACUUUGUUCCUUCAGGAUAACCGCCUUCUGGUAAAUAUAUCAGGUGAAUUCUUCCGGUCUAUGCCAAGGUUAGUUGUAUUGGAUCUAUCAUGGAAUGUCAAUCUCAAAGUGUUGCCGGAGCAAAUAUCAGAGUUGGUUUCAUUGCGAUAUCUUGACUUGUCAGAUUCGAGCAUAGGGAGGUUGCCAGUUGGUUUACUUAAGUUGAAAAAGCUGAUGCAUCUGAAUCUAGAGUCUAUGUUAUGCCUUGAGAGUGUUUCAGGGAUUGAUCAUUUGUCGAAUCUGAAGACGUUAAGGCUAGCAAAUUUAAGAAUGUGGCUAACUAUGAGCUUAUUGGAGGAGCUGGAACGUUUGGAGAAUUUAGAAGUUCUAACCAUAGAAAUCAUAUCAAGUUCAGCAUUGGAACAACUGUUAUGCUCUCACAGAUUGGCGAGAUGUCUACAAAAGGUAUCCAUCAAAUACCUCGACGAAGAAUCAAUACUGACUUUGCCAUCUAUAGGCGAUCUCCGGGAAGUCUUCAUAGGGGGAUGUGGAAUGCGGGGUAUAUUUAUAGAAAGGAACACAAGCCUGACAAGCCCGAGCUUUCCGAAUCUAUCAAAAGUGUUAAUAACUGGUUGCAAUGGUCUUAAGGAUUUGACGUGGUUGUUGUUUGCUCCAAACCUCACUCAUCUCAACGUUUGGAACUCACGCCAAGUAGAAGAGUUAAUAAGCCAAGAGAAAGCUUCAUCGACUGAUAUUGUUCCUUUCCGGAAACUAGAAUAUCUACACUUGUGGGAUUUACCUGAACUGAAGAGCAUAUAUUGGAGACCUUUGCCCUUUCCAUGUCUGUAUCAGAUCAAUGUACAAAACAAGUGUAGAAAGCUGAGAAAGCUGCCAUUGGAUUCUCAAAGUUGCAGUAUAGCGAGUGAAGAACUUCUGAUACAGUAUGGAGAUGAAGAGUGGAAAGAAAGGGUCGAGUGGGAGGACGAAGCGACAAGACUCCGUUUUUUACCAUCAUGCAAGUUGGUUUUGUAUAAUCGAUGAAAGAAAUCAAAAACCUUGAGAAAGAAACUUGAAUGGUCUCAACAGGUCAUAUUGUGAUGCUGCCUUAUCCUGUUUUGUUAUGUUUUGAAGUGUUCCUUGGAUUGUAGUUUGUGUGAUAGUCAUCUCCCUUUGUGAUCUUUGUGUAAAUGAGAGAAUAUAAAGUUGUAAUCGUUAAGUGUUCUUCUACGGUUCUGUAGUAGAUCAAAAUAGUGUAUUCAGUACUACUACUCUGCUUCAUU